AUGGAAUUCCUCAAGACAAGGUUUCCAAGUCGUGUUGGUAAGUUGAAGGGGGUAAAAAACCCAGAUCAGGACCGAGAACAGUUGUCCUUGUCCUCGGAGGAGCUCAAAGAUGAGACCUUGGACGCAAUGCCGAAGCCGGCUACCGCUCCGGAUGGGGGAGACGACGACGACGACGACGACGACGAUUUCAUCACCAACGACGUGAAGAGGCGGCUGAAGGAACUGAGAAAGAACAGCUUCAUGGUCCUCAUACCAGAAGAAGGCCAUCCGGGAGAGCAGGAAGAGGAAGAGAAAGAGGAGGAGGAGAGCAGCUCGAGUGGGUGGGGGGCCUCAGAAGCCAGUGCUGGGUAUUCCUGUUGUGGGUUCGACACAUUUUAUGACCAGUACUGCGGCCGGAUGCUGUUCUUUGACAGGUUGAUAUCCCGGCAUCUAAAUGAAGCUGGAUCUCGGAGUACCUCACAGCGAUCACCCAGAUCUGUGUCGAAGAAGUUAGAUUUGGCCCUUCGAAAGCUCCGUUUCAAGAAGGGGCAAGACGAGCACCCAGACGACCGCGAACAACCACAGCUGCCGCAGCAGGAAGACGAGCGGUGCCGAAACCUUGAAGCUGCUUAUGUAGCGCAGGUUUCUUUAAGUUGGGAGGCACUUCAUGGUCAGUACAUGCAACUGAGAGUGAAGAUUUCGUCGCAGCCGGAGGAUGGUGCUUCCUAUGGCAAUGCUGCGCAAUUGUUUCAGCAGUUCCAGGUUUUGUUGCAGAGAUUUAUUGAGAACGAGCCAUUUGAGCAAGGAUCUAGGGUGGAGGUUUAUGCCCAUGGCCGGAGUUGGCUGUCUAAGUUGCUUCAGGUGCCGAAUUUUCUAGGUAUAGAUCAGAAAGAAAAUGUGGAGAAUUAUACGGACUUGCCAAUUCUUGCGGCCGACUUAGUUAAGAUAAUGGAGGAUUCCAUCCUAACCUUCCGCCUUUUUCUGAAGAUGGACAAGAAAAGAACAGGUAGCUUCUUUCGAGCUCACAGCCCUCGGAGCUCCCUUCAUCAAGUGCAAGCCUCACUUGAUAAGGUAUGCCACAUGAUCGAAGAUAGAUGCAUGCUGCAAAUUAAAUGA